CGAAAGAAGACAAACCGGACCUUUGAUAGGUUUACCUUCCCUAAUUAUUUUUUUUUGGGGGGUAAAUCCUUCCAUCUGAACAGCGAGGCGGAAAAAUGGCGGCGUUCGGCAGCGCAGGGGAGCGGUGGUGUGCUGUCACCGGCGGUCGAGGAUUUGCAGCUCGCCACCUGGUGGAGAUGCUACUCCGGUCGCAGGAAUGGUGCGUUAGGAUUGCCGAUCUGGGGCCCUCCAUCAACCUCGAGCCCCAUGAGGAGACAGGGGUCCUUGGCGACGCCCUCAAGUCCGGAAGAGCUGCCUACGUGUCUGCUGAUCUACGCUUGAAGCCUCAAGUCUUUAAAGCUUUUGAUGGUGUAGAAGCUGUUUUUCAUAUGGCUGCCCCAGAUUCGUCUAUUAACAACUUCCAGCUUCAUUUUUCAGUUAACGUUGAGGGAACCAAAAAUGUUAUAGAUUCUUGCAUAGAAUGCAAAGUUAAACGACUGAUCUAUACUAGUUCUCCUAGUGUUGUCUUUGACGGCAUUCAUGGAAUUUGUAACGGGAAGGAGUCAAUGCCAUAUCCAGUAAAGUUCAAUGACUCUUAUUCAGAGACUAAAGCAGCAGGAGAAAAACUGAUAAUAAGUGCAAAUGGUAAAAAUGGGCUUUUGACUUGUUGUAUUCGACCUAGUAGCAUUUUUGGCCCUGGUGACAGGCUUUUGGUUCCCUCACUUGUUGCUGCUGCAAGAGCUGGAAAAUCCAAGUUCAUCAUUGGUGAUGGAAAUAACCUGUAUGACUUCACGUAUGUUGAAAAUGUAGCAUAUGCCCACAUAUGUGCUGAACGAACUCUAGCAGCAGGUGGUGCAGCUGCAGCCACGGUAGCAGGGCAGGCAUAUUUCAUUACAAACGUGGAGCCAAUAAAAUUUUGGGAGUUUAUGUCAUUGAUUCUUGAAGGUCUUGGAUAUGAAAGGCCAAGGAUAAAAAUAGCUGCUUCCCUCAUGAUGCCAAUAGCCCACGUAGUAGAGCUAACAUACAAGUUGUUUUCACGGUAUGGAAUGAGUGUACCACAGCUUACACCUUCCCGAGUUAGACUUCUUUCAUGUGAAAGGACUUUCAGCUGCAGCAAAGCUAAAGAACACAUUGCUUAUGAACCUAUUGUUUCACUCAAGGAUGGUCUAAAGAAGACAAUAGAUUCAUACCAACAUUUGAGGGCCAAGCAACAGAAGCGAACUUCUAAGGUUUAUACCUACCUAGGAAAUGAGAGUGUUGCAAACACACUACUUUGGAAAGACAAGAAGCAGACGCUAACCACCGUUCUAUUCUUGGUUGCUAUUUACUAUUACUUCUUUGCAUCGGGCUAUACUUUAAUCACCGCGAUAGCAAAGCUGCUUUCUAUGUUGGCAUUAUUUCUGUUCGUCCAUGGCUUGCUGCCAACAAAAAUAUUGGCCUACAAAAUUGAGAAGAUGCCACCUUCUUAUUUUCAGCUCUCAGAAGAAAAGGCACAUCAGUUUGUAUCAUCAAUAAGCUCAUCAUGGAAUUCUUUAGUUGGCAUACUGAGAUCGCUUUGCAAGGGAAGAGAUUGGUCUUUAUUUCUCAAGGUUUUCAUCAUCCUACUACUUGUGAGUUUCCUUGGAGCCAUUCCCAUGCAAAGCUCAUACAAAAUAGGAUUUCCAGCAUUAUUCAUAGGGUUCUAUAUGUAUGAGAAAUGGGAGGAAGAAAUUGAUGGUGCUUUUGAUAAAGCGCGAUUAGAGAUUUUGAAGCUGAAAUCUAAUGCUAAAAAGAAAUUUGCGAGGCAGUAGUUGGGAGUGAGCCAGUGAUGUCUUGAGAAGCUGGAACCCAGCGGAAUUACUCAACAAGUAUUUCAAAUUGGUAUCUCCUACCUCUCAUCUAUUUGUUGUCUAUAUGUUCUUGCCAUUUGUUAUUUCAAAUGCUUUUAUUUGGAUUGGAUUUAAUUUAUUAUAUUUUAUUAGUUGAGUUUAUAUCAUUUGAAAUUCAUA